AGCGAUAUUCGAUGCAUUUUGAAGUGGACCUUCAAACGCUCGAAAUUUUUUUUUUACUCUCGAGACGCUGACACGAUGAACGAACCUGGAGGCAGAGUUCCGCUCAAAGUGAACUCAUGGCUGUCGAUUUUCAUCACGUGCAGCUUCUUGCUAGCGGUAUUAUACGCCUGUCUUCAGGAAUUCCUUGCAUCAGACAGAGAAACGACUCAAAGCACAGCCUACGGCAACGCUGAUUUGCUGUACGCUGAGCGUCUUCAAACGACCAUGAAAGUUGGAUGUUUUCCCGGCAACAACAAUCCUGAGCUGCGAUCUCUUUCACAUUUUGACAUGACUCCUUUUCACACUUCGGACAAGAAUAUCUCAGCAUCCGAUAGCAUCUGAAGUUUGUUUGAUUUACGCCAUCUUGAGGAUAACCGCAUUGCCUUGCGGCAAAGGAUGCUAGGAAGUUUUAAUUUAAAAUAUUACAUAAUAAAAUAUUA